GGCACCAGUUGCUCACUCCACACAUAUAUCCUGUGUUCAGUCCAUCAGCGGCUUAUUUGGGAGAUAAAACUUAAGAUUUAAAAAAAAAAAAAAAAUACCACAUCAAAUCUGCCUUUUGUGUGAGGAUUGUAAAGUUCAUUGGAGUUCUUUUAGGUGACACCAUUCAUGCAGGGAUAACUGUCAAACAAAACACUUAAACAAAAACUAACAGACUCUGAGAGAAUUCUGCAGGGAAGAUUAAAACUUCACGAUGAGUGCUAAGAAGAGCGUUUCGCUGCCGUCCGACAGCGUAGAGCUGUACGUCAAAGCUGGCUGGGACGGGCAGAGUUACGGGGCCUGUCCAUUCUGUCAGCGCUUCUACAUGAUCCUCGACUUGAAGGCCAAGUACGGUGCCCUCAACUACAAGGUGAUCACCGUGAACAUGGCGCGGCCGCCGCCCGAUUUCAAGAAGUAUGCCAACAAGCUGCCCGUCAUCCGGCACGAAGACGAGGUGGUCAUGGACUCGGACGAGAUCGUACAGUACAUCGACGAGAACUUCCCAAGCCCGGACCUGCGCUACACGAACCUGCAGGCGCAUACGGUGUGUCUCGACAUCUUCUCCAAGUUCUCCUUCUUCGUGAAGAAUGUCAGCCACAACCACGAGCCGCUACUGAAGGAGCUGCAUGCCUUGGACUCCUUCAUGCAAGGAGCCGGCACGCGCUUCCUGUGCAGCGACAAGCUGACACACCUGGACUGCCUCAUGCUGCCCAAGCUGCAGCAUAUUCGCGUGGCUUCCAAGGCAUUCAAGGACUUCGACUUCCCUCCAGGCCUGACGGGUCUGUGGUCUUACCUCAGAAACGCCUAUGCCGACGAAACGUUCCGCAAGACGUGUCCGUCGGAUCAGGAGAUUGUUCAUCACUGGAGUUCCAAAAGGGAGACAACCUGUCUGCCGGAUGGCAAGAAGCGUUACUAUACGGUGGAGUCGGCGCCUGUGUAUUCAUUAGAUGUGCCGCAGAUGAAUGGGCAAGUGUUUUAGUUCUCUUUACAAACAUUGCAUGAGGGUUGUUUUUGUUUUUUUUCAAUAUGUGUACAUACUUGUAUAGUAUGUAGAUGAUGAACAGCUUGAACAUCAGAAGAUGUUUUUAAUACUUUUUAAAGAUGCAGUAUGGAUUUCAGAUUUGUUUUGUUUUUAAAUCCUAUAUUGUUGUGACUCGUGAAACUGUGUUGUUGCAUACAAGUAGAUGUAUUGUUUUUUAAAGUUAAUUUUGAAAAGUUGGGGUGUUUUUUUGUAAAUGUUGGUUGAUACAUGUAGUGCUAAUAAUACAUGUAUAAUAUAUUGUUGCCAUAAUAUUUAUUCUAUAAAUACAUUGGAAUAUGGAAUAUGAUGCAUGUAUGUUAGCUAUUAAUAUUAUGAGUUAAUAUUUAAUCUCAUAAUUUUCUUUUAUUUGUUGUUAAUUCAUAUCAUCAUAUGCUAUUUUUAGUUUUUUUAAAAAUCAAAGUAGCUGAUAAAUUCCAGUUUUAAAAUUUUAAACUUAUGUCACAAAGGA